CAUUUUCCAUUACAGUAGCUUGAGGUAUUAAGUAUUUACUGCUGAUCAGACUUCAUUACAUUCACUGCUGUGGAAUUACAGUGCUCUGGACUACAGGACCUAACAUAACCGCUGGAAAUCUUUAAAGUUAUGUGCAGAGUAGAAGGACAGAUCAAGGAGAGAGGGUACUGGGGGAGUAAAGCAGAGUUUCUUCUGGCUGUAGCAGGAAAUGUGGUUGGUCUGGGUAACGUGUGGAGGUUUCCAUACCUCUGCUAUAAGAAUGGCGGAGGUGCAUUUCUAAUACCCUACCUGGUGUUUCUGGGGACCUCUGGGAUUCCUCUGUUCCUGCUAGAGACGGCAAUGGGACAGUACACACGAGAAGGUGCCAUUACAUGUUGGCAUCGCCUCUGUCCCUUGGCUGGGGGUAUUGGCUAUGCAGGACAGCUGACAGUGUUUUACGGCUGCUUGUAUUACAUCAUCAUUCUGGCCUGGGCACUUUUUUUAUCCUCAUCUUCUCUUUAAGCCGCUCAGCUGCCAUGGGGCCAGUCAUGUCGACAAACACCUGGAAACACAGCGGGAUGUGAUCUGGUCCAGUGCUAUCUGCACUAUGCAUCAUUCACCAUGUAG